CAGGUGAAAAAGUUAAAUCUAACUUUGAAGUGAUUUUGACUUGACUAUACCUCAGUGAGAAUCAUGGCCUGUAAAGACAAAGGACAAACACGGAAGUACUUCACAGGAUUGACUGCGGCUAUUCUGCUUAUUUAUGUAUGUGUGGUAGAAACAAUUGAUGUCCCAGAAACAAGCAUCAAAUUUCAGUUUGGCCACACAGAUGAGUCACAGCAUCAUAUACAAAAAAGAGAUGCAGAUGUGGAUGAAUGUGUUGAGAUUCCUGAGAUCUGUGGUCCAAACUCAAUCUGCAACAACACUGAUGGGAGUUACGAUUGCUCGUGCACGAGUGGAUAUAAAGUAACAGACCCAAACCUCCCUUUAAACAUCAGUAACCCAUGCACAGUGUACUGA